CUCUGAGAUGAAAACAGAUCUGUCACUCCUACAAACAGAGGUGGGGUGAUAUAAAGCCUCAGUGUGAGUCUGAGGGUCAGUGCAGCUGUGCCUGUGGAUCGUCUACCAGCCCAAACGAUGCUGAUCUCUGUGGUGCUGACCUGCCUGCUGGGCCUGACCGCGGCCUCUCCGAUUGUUCAGAAGGACGUUUUAGAUGACCUGGUCACACAGAGGAGUCUCAACAGGGUCAGCAAUCCAGUGGGCCAGCAGACCAACAUACCGGUCUACAUCCCCCCUCUACUGCCUGUCACUCCUGCUGUUCCUGCUGUUCAGAGUAUUCCAGGUGUUUCAGGUGUUCUUGUAGCUCCAGCGGCUCCCGUUGAUGGACAGAGGAUCAUAGUUGACCAGCUUAUUCCAGGUGUUCCAGGUGUCCUUGUAGUUCCGGCGGUUCCAGGUGAUGGACAGCAGAUCGCAGCUGAGCCGAUGGCAGCACACAGCUCUUCUGAAUCAGAGAGCUCUGAGCAAAGCGAAUCAGUGGAGACCCUGACACCGCUCCCUCUAGAAAACACCUCAGAGACAUCAGAUUCAGCGUCUGAUCCAGACACCUCUGAGCAGACGUCUGAAUCUCAGAAUGUGACCUCGGAGGACACGACAUCUGAGGAGACCCCCAGUCCGCUGCACGUUCAGCUGGCACAGCAGACUGGUCUGGAUGGAGAUUUGGGGGAUGACAGUCAGGGCAGUGAGGAGAGCGUUCGCCGGAGUUGGCUUCGCGCUUUCAGACGCAACUUUCAUCAGCAGGUUUAUGGUGGAAUCGUCCUGGAAGGUGUGGCUACGUCCCGACCUUCCACUGGAGUUGCUACAGGUGUAACCGUGGGCAACAGACCAACAGUAGCACCCACGCUGAGCGCUCCAGCUCCAACGACGCCGGCUACGGAGACGGACAGCGUGGUCAGCGAGAGCAUCGAGAGCAAAGAGGAGGCGGAGCUUCAGGAAUGGCGCGAGUGCAGUGAGACGACGGAUAACGGUGACUGUAUACCGCACGGAGCCGUUAACGCCGACGGCAAGAUCGAAAAUGAUCUACACCAUGGGGCGCUACGAUUCGACGAGGACCAUGGUCACAUGACCAUCUGACCAGUUCAGAAGAUCAAGACAUCCUCCUUAAUACUACACUACCCACAAACCCCUCAAAAUACCUUUAACACUGCACUACCCACAAACCCCUCAAAAUACCUUUAACACUACACUACCCAGAAACCCCUCAAAAUACCUUUAACACUACACUACCCACAAACCCCUCAAAAUACCUUUAACACUGCACUACCCACAAACCCCUCAAAAUACCUUUAACACUACACUACCCAGAAACCCCUCAAAAUACCUUUAACACUACACUACCCAGAAACCCCUCAAAAUACCCUUAACACUACACUACCCAGAAACCCCUCAAAA